UUAACGUGAGAUUAAGCAUGAUCAGUUGUCAUCAUUCACAUCCUCUUCGACAAGCAGAAAGAUUAAACAUUGUCUGUAGAGUAGAAUUUCUCCGCUCUGAUCUCUGGCACAGUUUGUUUUUCGUCUGCAAAUGUAGCCAUGUGCCCGGCGUCAAUGUCAAAGGUCACGCGAGUCUACUGCUUCCGGUCAAAACAACACUGAUAGCGACCGGCAUGUGCAUUGCUGGGCUGACAACGUGCAUACAUUGAUUUCUUUGAGCAGUAUGUCAUAUAUAGCUGGAGCAUUUCAGUGUCUUCAUAUCAAAACCAGCGCAAACAAACCCCGAUAACCGGAGCUAUCAAUCUCAGUUCAAGCACAGCCUGCAGUCAUGGUAGCAGUACAUAUUGUGAGGAUGUCUAGGCUACGGGCCUGUGUAACCCUGGCUCACGUACGUUACACCUCCACACAAGCUGACCCCGCUCCCAAUCCAGGCACCCGGGGUCACAUGUCCGCCUGGCAGAUUCAUCAUUAUGGGGGGAACGAGGAGCUGACCCUAUCCUCAACGGUGAGGAUGCCCACGCUACGGAGCCCUGAGGAUAUCCUCAUCGAGGUCAAUGCUGCCAGUGUCAACCCUAUUGAUGUCAGAAUGAGAGGUGGGUAUGGCCGAGUGGUGUUUGGAGUGAUGAGAAAGGGCCUGAGUUCACUCCCUUUUCUUCAACCAGAUGUCCCAUCGGAGUUUCCUCUCACGCUUGGAAGAGAUUUUUCAGGUGUUGUUGUGGAAACAGGCAAGAAAGUCCGCAAGUUUAGAAUAGGAGAUGAGGUCUGGGGAGCAUUCAGUAUCAACAGACAAGGUUCUCAUGCACAGUUUACAGUGGCUUCUGAAAAAGAGAUAGCUAAGAAACCAGCUAAGCUGACACAUGUGGAGGUGGGGUCCAUGCCUUAUGUUGCCAUGACGACAUGGGCAGCCCUCUGUUCUGUUGGAGAAAUGAAGGAGAGUAACACUCUGGGUCAAAGGGUUCUAAUAGUUGCUGGGUCUGGGGGCAUUGGGAACUUUGCUAUUCAGUUGAUGAAGGCUUGGGGAGCAGAAGUGACAACCACCUGUAGUACAGACGCUGUGCAUCUGUGUCAGGGGUUAGGGGCCGAUAACGUCAUUGAUUACACAACAAGUAAUGUGGCAGAGGAGCUGAAGAGGAUAUCCGGAUUUGACAUGAUUCUGGAUACCAUAGGGGCGAAAAAUCAUGGUGUUUCUGUAGACCUGUUGAAGAGCUGGAAAAAUUCAAAAUAUGUCACAGUUGUCCCCCCUUUAAUGAAGAAUGCUGACGAGUAUGGGUUGUUGUUGGGAACAGCUAAAAGUAUGGGAACAUUGGGAUUCAAUGUAAUGGAGGGAUUUCGAGGCGGCAGAAGUUACAGAUGGGCAUUGUUUGUACCCAAUGGACGUGCUCUUGGGCAGGUGACAGAGAUGGUGGAAAAUGGCCAGAUUCAUCCUGCCAUAGACAAGGUGUUCCCAUUCAGUGAGGUGCCUCAGGCCUUUGCUAAAGUGGAGCAGGGACAUGCGCGUGGAAAAACUGUGAUAGAUGUCACCAAAAUGGAGUGAAAAGUACACUGCACCCAGUUCUCAUGUUGGAGAGAUUACGGUUCAAAUUUGGAUAUCAUCCAGUUAUUGCAGACAGAUG